CAUUCAGUAUUGAUCUGGCUUAGCAGCUGGAUGUUUUUUCCUACUCACUAAUUUCUAUCGGUAUUUUUGUUCAACACAUUCUGUUUGUUUCUCUUUAUUUUAUUGGAACAUUCGCAUAAAACAAAAUGAAAAUACAGUGGACGCCAUGGAAUGUGCCAAUGCACCGUCGAUUGGAAGUCUUCUGCGCGGCUUUUGCAAUGUUUGUCGCUUUGAUACUUGGGCCUAUUAGCGCGAUCGUAAUGAUUUAUUGGGUGUACGCUGGAAAUAUUUUUUUGAAAGCGAUAAGCAUUUUGUAUGCGGCAUUCAUUUACUACGAUCGCAAUGCAGGUGACAGUGGAGGUCGAGGUGCAGGCAACAAAUGGUCCAGGGAGCUAUGGAUUUGGAAACACUAUUUAAAUUAUUUCCCUAUUGAUUUGGUAAAAACAGUCGAUUUACCUGCUGACCGCAACUACUUAAUCUGUUUGUUCCCUCAUGGUGUUCUAUGUCAAAGUGCUUUCGCAAAUUUUGGAUCGAACUUUUCGAAAUGGCCAUCACUUUUCCCGGGAAUUCGCUCAAAAUGUACAACUCUCAGCUACCAUCAUUACAUGCCAAUAAUGCGUGAGAUGAUUCUAAGCUGGGGUAUGUGCUCAGCUUCAUCAAAUUCAUUGAGAACGUUGCUAACUCAAUCGAAUGAUCCGAAUCAUGAAUCGAAUGGCGAUGGAUACACAUCGAACGCACCGGUGCUAAUGGUUGGUGGAGCUCAAGAAGCUCUGAGUGCCUUCCCAAAACAGUAUCGAUUUGUGCUAAAAGAUCGAAAAGGUUUUGUAAAGAUUGCAUUAAAAACGGGCGCACCUCUAGUGCCGGCCAUUUCCUUUGGAGAAAAUGACAUAUUCGAACAAAUUCAUCAUGCGCCUGGCACAACGAUACGCUACAUUCAAGAUACCAUUAAAAAAUAUACCAAAUUAGCGCCGGUUCAUUUAGUUGGACGUGGUUUUCUUCAAUACAAUUUUGGCUUUAUCCCGAGACGUCAUCCAAUCACAACUGUUAUCGGUGCACCGAUUGAAUUGGAAAAGAAUCUGAACCCAAGUGCCAAUGAAGUUAACGAAGUGCACGAACUAUUCUGUAAACGUCUAACCGAAUUGUUCGAAACACACAAAAGCAAAUAUGUUGAAGAUUACGUAAAUGUCCAUGUCGAAAUAAUUUAAGGUUAUCACAUGUUUGUAUUAGUAUUUUUAUAAAAAUUAAAAUG